UGCCGCGCGCUGGGAUUUUUAAAUGUCCCGCUCGAAGCCGGGCGCAGGAGCAGCCGGCUCGGCCGCCAGCGCGGUGUAGGGGGCAGGCGCGGAUCCCGCCAGCGCCGCGCGCUCGGCCGCCGCCUCCCGCCUCCCGCUUCCCGCCCGCCGCCGGCCUCCUGUCCCGCUCGUGCGCGCCUGCCUACGGCCGACACGACUUCGGGCCUGAGGUGGGAGCCCCAAGCUCUGCACCAUGCCAAGGGAAAGGAAGGAGAGAGAUGGGAAGGACCGGGGCAGCAUGAAAGAAGAAGGUGGCACCGACUUCUCGGCCCGCUCCAGGAAGAGGAAGGCAAAUGUGGCCGUGUUUCUGCAAGAUCCAGAUGAAGAAAUUGCCAAGAUUGACAGGACUGCGAGAGACCAGGAUGGCAGUCAGUCUUGGGAUGAUAAGUCAGCAUCCAUGGACCCCUGCUCUUUCAUCCCCACCCCUGACAAAGAAGAGGGCCCUGAGGUUGGGUACCCCAAGACUAAAUUUGAGCCUCGGAAAUGCAGACCAUCCAGAGCCUCCCCGCUGCCUGUCUUAAACUGGGCAAAUCGAGAUGAGGUGUGGAGGAUCAUGUUAAGCAAGGACAACACUUACUUAAGAGAUGAGCACUUUCUGCAGCGCCACCCUCUCCUGCAGGCGAGGAUGAGAGCAGUUCUCCUGGAUUGGCUGAUGGAGGUGUGUGAAGUCUAUAAACUUCACAGGGAGACGUUCUACCUGGCCCAGGAUUUCUUUGAUCGGUACAUGGCAUCACAAGAGAAUGUCAUCAAAACCCUUUUACAGCUUAUUGGGAUUUCAGCCUUAUUUAUUGCCGCCAAACUUGAGGAAAUCUACCCUCCAAAGUUGCACCAGUUUGCUUAUGUGACGGAUGGCGCUUGCUCAGGAGAUGAAAUUCUUACCAUGGAAUUAAUGAUUAUGAAGGCCCUUAAGUGGCGUUUAAGCCCUCUGACCAUCGUAUCCUGGCUGAACGUUUACGUGCAAGUUGCAUAUGUCAAUGACACGAGUGAAGUGCUGAUGCCGCAGUACCCACAGCAAGUCUUCGUGCAGAUUGCAGAGCUUCUAGAUCUCUGCGUCCUGGAUGUUGGCUGCUUAGAAUUUCCAUAUGGUGUACUGGCUGCUUCUGCCUUGUAUCAUUUCUCGUCAUCUGAAUUGAUGCAAAAGGUUUCAGGGUAUCAGUGGUGUGACAUAGAGAAGUGUGUCAAGUGGAUGGUUCCAUUUGCCAUGGUCAUACGGGAGACAGGAAGUUCCAAGCUCAAGCACUUCAGGGGAGUUGCUAUUGAAGACUCUCACAACAUCCAGACCCACACCAACAGCUUGGAUUUGCUGGACAAAGCCCAAGCGAAGAAAGCCAUAUUGUCUGAACAAAACAGGAUUUCUCCUCCCCCCAGUGGGGUCCUCACCCCCCCGCACAGCAGUCAGAAGCAAAACAGUGAGCAGGAGACAGACUGACCAUGCCUACCCUCACCUCCAAAGACAGUGGUGCAGGAGCACUACCCCGAGCUCUCGAGCUACCUAGGAGGGAUGCUGCCUAGGAGGGGUGUGGGAGCUCCUGCAGGUGCUCCUUGGGAGGGUGCGUCUCUCCUGCAGCUGGCCUACAGAUAGCCUUGGACAGAAGUGCUUUCAUUAAAUGCUAGGUGUUUUAACAAGAGGGUCAAGUACACCAGCCACCUCCAGAACACCACCGAGUGCUCAGACGCUGCUAAGGAGGGUGCUACUUGAUCCAUUGACUCUUCACACACAUGACAAAAGCUUGAAGUUACAGAGGCUACAGUCGCUGCUGGCCUCUGCUCGGGUGUUCUGGGUUGCUGUUCUGUUAUGUGGGAGGGGGUUGUGAGCAAGCAUGGAAUGCAGAGCCCACAGCCAGCGGGCCAGGGCCUGCCCUUCCCACUGUCAGCUGACAGCGUGCCCUGCCUUCCAUGAACUCGUGUUUUGUAAGUGCUGCUAUGUCUCCAUUUUUA